AAAACGCUCAAUUCACUUCACUUCAUAAAGCAAGUGAAAAGGCCCGAUACUUAUGAACAGCAUAUUUACCGUGCCGCACUCACGAUUUCAUCAGUAUCAUCUGGUGCGUGGAAAAGGACCGAUGUGACCUGAUGAGCUAAGCCCAGGGGAGCAUCUCGAGUGCGGGGAUGACGGGAUGAUCAGCGAACCUACCCCAGAAACGUCAUGAGGCUAAAUCGGGUUUUCUGGGGUUGAGGUUGCUAUUGGUUACAGAGGUUGGAGAUUCUCGGCGUAAUUAAUUCGAUAGUGCAGUUGGAAAUAUGCGAGACGUGACCGUUUCGUGAUGGGGAACGAUUCCGCGUCUUUUUGAGUUGGAUAUAUAAGUCGGAUCAUCCUUCCAGUGAUCUGCAUCAACAGUCCCCUCUGUCUUUCGUUCCCCACUGCCAUUCUUUCUUCCGGCAUUCACGGAGAAUGUUUACUCAGAUCUUGUAUGGCCUCACGGCCUUGUCCGCCCUCCAAGGCCAGGUCACUGCAUCGCCCGGCGGUUCUAGCCUCGAUCGCUUCAUCUCCAAAGAGGCCGACAUCUCCAUCAAGGGCGUCCUUGCCAAUAUUGGCGCCGAUGGCAAGCGAGCUCAGGGCGCUGCGCCUGGUGCCGUUGUAGCAAGUCCAUCGCGAACAGACCCAGACUACUGGUACACAUGGACCCGAGAUUCCGCGUUGACGUACAAAGUCCUUGUUGAGCGCUUCAUUCACGGAGACAAGUCUCUUCAACGCAAGGUCGACGAAUACGUCUCUGCCCAAGCCAAACUCCAGGGCGUCACCAACCCAUCCGGUGGUCCCGAGUCUGGCGGUCUUGGCGAGCCCAAGUUCCACGUCAACCUCACAGCAUUCACAGGAUCUUGGGGUCGCCCUCAACGCGAUGGCCCUCCUCUGAGAGCUACUGCAUUGACUCUGUACGCCAACUGGCUUGUUUCUCAUGGCGACCGCUCCAAGGCCAUCAACAAGGUCUGGCCCGUCAUUGAGAAGGAUCUUGCAUACACCGUCAAGUUCUGGAACAGAACCGGUUAUGAUCUUUGGGAGGAGGUCAACGGAUCUUCGUUCUUCACCCUCUCUGCUUCUCAUCGUGCUCUCGUCGAGGGAGCCGCUCUUGCUAAAAGGCUUGGCAAGUCUUGCUCCGACUGCGCAGCCAACGCCCCUCGUAUUCUGUGCUUUAUGCAAAGCUUCUGGACCGGCAGCUACAUCGACUCGAACAUCAACGUUAACGAUGGCCGCAAGGGUCUUGAUGCCAACUCUAUUCUCUCGUCAAUUCACACUUUUGAUCCUUCCUCCAAAUGCACUGAAUCAACCUUCCAGCCAUGUUCAUCAAGGGCUCUUGCGAACCAUAAGGCAGUAGUGGACUCUUUCCGAUCUAUCUAUGGUGUUAACAAGAAUAGAGGUAAAGGAAAGGCCGCCGCCGUUGGUCGAUAUAGUGAGGAUGUGUAUUACGAUGGCAACCCUUGGUAUCUUGCUACUCUUGCUGCUGCCGAGCAACUGUAUGCUGCUGUCUACCAGUGGAACAAGAUUGGUUCUAUCACUGUUGAUAGCGCGUCGCUUUCUUUCUUCAGUGAUCUCGUACCCAAGGUUUCCAAGGGUACCUAUCGCAAGAACAGCAAGACAUACAAAGCUAUCGUCAAGGCUGUCACUUCAUAUGCUGAUGGCUUCGUCGCUGUUGUGCAAACCUAUACCCCCAAGGAUGGCUCACUCGCCGAGCAGUUCGAUAAGUCGACUGGAACUCCCAAGUCAGCUGUUCAUCUCACCUGGUCCUACGCUUCCUUUGUCGGUGCCGCCGAGCGUCGUACGGGUGUCGUUCCUCCAAGUUGGGGCGAGAGCGGCGCCAACAAGGUUCCCGCUGUUUGCGAAGCUGCUCCUGCCUGUGACACCACCAUCACCUUCAAUGUGAAGAACGUUGAUGUGACGUCUGAUCAGAAGGUUUACAUUGUUGGCGGAAUCACUCAACUUUCCAACUGGGCUCCUGCUGACGGCAUUGCACUUGAGGCAUCCACGAGCACCAAGGGCUUGUGGACGGUGAAGGUCAAGAUUCCCUCUGAUACCAGCUUUGAGUAUAAGUACAUCAAGAAGACGAGUGAUGGGACUGUUACCUGGGAGAGUGACCCGAAUAACAGUGCUGCGACGGGCAGCAAGUGCGGAAGCAGCAGUACUAUCAACGAUGAGUGGAGGUAGGAGUUGGCAUGGUAGGGGUUGUAAUUAGCUUCUGUUUAAGUUUCGAUAGAUACAAACGGCUCGAUGAUAAAAUAAAAGCCAAAACAAUACUCCGGGCCGAUCUUCUCAUAUCGAUGUAUGCCACAAUCCUUUUCUUAUUACUGGU